UUUCAAAGUUUUAGUGGUAAGAUCGAAGUGGUGUAUUUUAACGCUAGAUAAAUGGAUGAAAAUGCCAACAUGGUUCCACGAAUUAUGCUUUCUGGAUUUGAUGCUGAAGCAGAAAAGAAAUAUAUGAUAAAUAUUAUUAAAAAUUUAAAGGCAAUUUAUCUAUCCGAUCCUGCAAAUUCACAGGAUUACAUCCACUCCUGUACUCAUAUUGUAUGUAAAAAACCCAAUCGUUGUGAAAAGUAUCUCGCUGCAUGUGCAUCAGGUAAAUGGGUUUUAACACCAUACUUUCUUCAUGAAAGCAAUGUGAAAAAACAGUGGGUGCCUGAAAAAGAUUAUGAAUGGGGAAUAAACAUUUCCCCUCUUUAUCCUAAAGAUUUACAAACUGCUCCGAGACGUUGGAGAGAAAAAAUUCACGUGAAACACAUGGAUCGUCCAUUUCUUGGCUGGACCGUUGGUCUUGUUAUGGACAGUAAUUUCUAUCAUGCUUAUGCAAGAAUCGUUGAAGCUGGUGGUGGAACGUUUAUCGACAUAACUUCGAGGUAUACUUCUGACUCUCAGUCGAAAACAAAAAAAGUUGAAACCAAACAACUUCUUACACACGUCCUUGUUACACCACAACUCGCCAGCAAGAUAUCGCGUUCAAGAGCUGAAGACGUACCUCAUUUGAGAGCUGAAUACUUGGCAAUGUAUUUAAUCAAGAAUCCCCCACCUAGACAAGAAGAAUAUUCCAUAUUUCACAACGAAGGAGCGGGAUCCAUAAAAAAGAACAAAACAGAGGCGAGUCAAAAAAAGAACCGAACUUUUAACACUCAAACUUCCAAGUCUGAAUCACUUCAAACGAAAACUCCUAUACAUUCCGUGAAGAAAGCAUCACUCAGCCAAAAGAGUUCAAGUAUUCGACCACAGCCGAUUGAUACGGCGGCCUUAGAAAUUCGCUCAGAACAAACUCGACCCCAGGAGUCUUCUAAUGAAAAACAUAGUGAAACCUCGAAGAAGUCUAGUUUCGCGUUUCCGGCGUAUGGAUAUCCGUCUCAGACAGAUUCAAAUAUUAAGUUACCUUCGGGUAACACAAACCAGAAAACUACCGAAGUCGUUGCGAAGUCUCCAUCUAUCUCAAACGUUCUUGCCAAGAAUACUGUUAUCCUACGAAGCCCGGGAUUGAAUAAACCGACGCCUUUAUUAAGUGCACUCACUGCUAAUACAACAGAUAAAUCUUUCCCAAACCAGAGGUCACUUUUCAGUGUGUUUGGACCGAUACAAGUCCAGUCUUCGUCAGCAGGACAACCGAAAGAUUCGACUUCUCAGGACACUCAACAACCGUCAUCCGCCGUUCAACUGCAGUCGCCACAGAAGUCCAAGGUUCCCACUACCACAACACACUGUGUACCCACUAUAUCUUUAGGAACGAAACGAAGCGGUGAGCCGCAGUCUACGUCUUCAAAAACGAGUGACGCACCUAACGCGAAAUCUAAAAGAUUUUGUUCUGAUGACUUUUUAGCGAGGAAUUACGCCGUUUUUCAGGAAUUUUCGAUCCGCAAAAAAAGGAAGAAUUCAUUUUAUGGUGUAUUUGAUGAAGUUUCAAAUGAGGACGACAAUCUGAACGAGUUGUCUCUUUUUCAAACUAUGAACUCAAAAUCGUUUUCGAGGGAAGUUAUGACGUCAUUGGAGGCCAGUUUAGAGGUCAAUUAUCGCUACACUUAUUUUCUAAAAGAAGUAUCAAGUCGAAUGACCAGAACUGCAUACCCACCACCUGAAGUUAUUUACGUCAUCAUGAAACAUAUUUUACUGGAUUCAGAAGACAGAAAUUUAUCGAACAACGCGUUUGACGUUUUGCAAAGAAUUCUACGACUGCAUUCACCACAAUCUAAUGAUUUAAAAAACGAGAAACUAUACCACAGGUCUUUUGCUCUCAUGACAACUACGGAAGCAGACGAGACUUCGACAAUCAUGGCUACAAUAGGAGAUAUGCUGUCUAGAUCCAAUAAAGCUGAUUGGUCGUACUGGACGAGCAGGGACCCAUCCCUCGGCGUUCAUUGGACGUUUUUUUCCCGCGUUAUCAAAAUGGCAAUUCAACCUGCAACAACGACGUACGGGCAAAAUGGAGUCAAAAAUGAAAAGCUUUCUCCGCAAAAAAUUCAGAAUGCAACUUUACUGACGAAUUUCUUGACAAAUGUUGUCAUCAAAGAUUACCAUGACGUUCUAACAAAGAAUGAAUACUCCUCUAACAGCUCAAUCAUAAAAUGUCUCAUCGCUGACCUCUUGUGGCCUACAAUGACAGGAUUAGAACCUUGGUUCAGGCGGCCAUCACCUAAUCUAGCUGAUUUGGUGACGUUAUUUGUAAAAUCUGCGGAAUCUCAUCUUUCUCAUUUAAACGCCCAAAUGCCGCAAGAGGAUGAAGAUGAUGAUUUACUUGAGAGCGAUGAAGAUACUGAAGAACCCGAACUACCUGAUCCAUGUGAACAAAGUUUUAUCAUAUUUGAGCAUAUGUGUCGAUUAAUAACUGUGACAGAAUCUUGGUGUAUACAUUGUGAUGUACGUGAUAAAGAAAGAGGAAAAAGAACAGGAUCUCGAUCUUUCGAGUCUGAUCUUGUAUCGACCUUACGCUUUGAAUUAGAAGAAAGAAAAAUCGAAGUUUUAGAGUUAAUUUUGCAAAAUAUUCCACCGAGAUUGAGAAUAAAAGUCAAUGUUGCUCUUAUACAAGAAAUUUGCUCAGAUGUUCUAGUGGCGGAUACUGUUCAACCAGAUGCAGAGUUGUCUUUGGAACUUAUCACUUCACGACAUAUGCAAAUGAUGCCAUCUGUUUUACAAGGGGAAGAAAAAAGUUCUGAUAACGCGGAAAAAGGCGAUGAAGAUCAAAAUGAUAUUCCGCCAUCGUCGACAGCAGUUAACAAAACCGAGGUAAUGAAAGAUUCUGAUGAUAAUUCAUCAGAUCCGGCUAUAAUCAACAAACGCAAUCGAAAGGGCGAAACUCCCCUCCAUAUGGCAUGUAUGAACAAUCGUCCUGAUGUUGUAAAAAGCUUGCUGAAGAAACCUGGGAUCGAUCCUAAUUUGACGGAUUACGCUGGAUGGACUGCGCUUGGAGAAGCAUGUAACCAUGGGCAUAUGGAAUGCGUGAAAGCUCUUUUAGAACUGCCUCUGCAAACAGAGAUUGACGUAAAAGAUGGAGACGACAGUAAGUCUUCAUUAUGGAUUGACGUAACACUGUGUCCAGUUGAAGGACAAACGCCAUUGCACGAUGCACUUGGAAACGGACAUCUUGAUGUAGCUUGCGUCUUGCUUCGAAAAGGCGGUGUUCAGCUUUUAGACAAAGCUGAUUUAGAAGACCGUACACCAUUGGACUACUGUGAUUGUGAUAACUCUCGUUCGUAUAUGAUAGAAUAUGCAUGUAAAAUUGCACAGGAAACUACGGGAGAAUACCAAACCACAAAAAAAGUACUUGAAUCGAAAAUAAUGAAACUGGCACCGAAGGAAAGCUACGAGAAGGUGUUACCUCGCGAUGCUGUUCUCGAGUCUGAUAUUUGGAGAGAUCGUAUUAGAUGGUAUUUCAAAGUCACGUGCCUUCUUUUAUCCCAUUACGUAUCUUCCGGCGGUUACGUUCAUGCCUGUAUGAAGAUCGGGCCUGACUCGGAGAGAGAAUUAGAUUCGCCAACGAGAGUGUCAAAGAAUCGUGACGAGUACGUUGAUGACGUCAUAGUUACCGAUGAUGACGAUGCUAUUUACCAACCUGAAGAUAUGAUGACGUCACGACCCAUUUCACGCAUCCGAAUUAGCCGGAAAGAUAUACACCGGUACGCUAACGACGUUUCCAUCUGCUUACAAUGGGAUGAAUGCUGGGCAUUAUUCGAAAAACACAUUAAACGACUUUUAUCUGAUGACAUAGAAAUAGCAGACGAAAUUUUUUCCGAUGAAAUCAACCCAGUUCCAACUGACCUGAUUCCGGAUAUUUCGACCGGAUUUACCAAAUAACGUUUACGUAAUAAAUCAAGUUUUUAUAUUAUUCUUAUCAACUUUGCAAAAAUCAUGAAUAUGAUGUUGGGGAAAUUCUUGGAAAACAAGCAUCAGUGGUGCAAUGAAAUUAUUAUUACUUCUUUAUCUUUGAGUCAAAUAAAGUCUCGAAAAGUAAAUUAAGUGGUAUCCAGAAUCUAAACUGGCGGGCCAUGUAAGUGUGACGUAAAGAGGUACAUUUUAUGAACAAUUUUUACAGUACAAGCAAAAGUGGAAAACAAUAAG